GAACAUGAAAUUCUUCCAAUAACAGAUGGCUAUCGUUUAUCAUUAGUUUAUAAUAUUGUCGUCAAUAAAAAAAAAUCACAUUUAUGUGCAAAAAUACCAUCUCCUCCUUUAAAUGAAAAAUAUGUUCAAAAUGUUUGUCAAGCUUUAAUAAAAUGGUCUAAAACUAUGAAUAGUCCAACAAAAUUAAUUAUUCCUUUAAAACAUAAAUAUACAAAAGCAAAUAUGUCGCCAAAUUUAUUAAAAAAAGCUUAUAACUCAAAUGAUCCACUAGAGAGAACAAUUGGAGACACAGAUGUUGAAAAUUUAAAACCUCUAUAUGAAAUAAAUGACAAUUAUUUUCAAAAAAUAUGUGAAAUAUUUCAUAUGCCUAGAACAUCUGUUAUCUCAGUUGAUGAAACAGAUUUUAUAAAUAAAGAACCAGAAUGGAAAUCAUUAGAACCAUUCAAAAUCGUCGAAGAAGAAACAGGUAAUGAAGGCACCAUAGAGAAAUAUUGGUAUCGUAUGGGUAUUUUAUUAUUAAUUCCAUAUAAUUGGAAAUGGUGUUUACUCAACGAUGAUUUCAUACUAGAUGGAUUUUAUAAAAUGUGUCAAGCUGUAAAAAAUGAUGAAAAUCAAAUAAAACUAAAACAAGCAUGUAUUGAAUUAGUUAAUUAUAUUUUAUAUCGUAUGAACAGACGAAGAUAUGAAUAUCUUGAAAAUUUUGAUUCAAGAGAAUUGCUUAAUUCCCUAUUAUUGCUAUAUAAUUUAAAACUCGAUGAUAAUCAAUCUGUUUUAAAUGCUCUUAUUUCAACAAUUAAAAAUCAUUCAUUUACUCAAGGUCUAUUUUGAAGUCCAUUGUCGUCAACAUGGUUUAUUUCUUUAUAUGAAUUGUGUUUAACUAUGUUAAAUCGUGAAAUAACAAAAGAAACCAGUCAAAAACAUAAAGAAUAUUUUAGGUUAAGACAGCAAUUACUUGACAUGAAAGUUUCAAUCGUACAAGAUCAAGCAAUGUUAACAACACAAACUACUUACACUGAUAAACUGGAUGAAAAUUCAGUUAAAAGAAUAAAAACACAUUGA